AUGGUCAAAUGGCUUCUACUACUUAGCUCUAUCCAUCUAACAUCUUCACUACUUAUUGAGAAAGCAGAGCAGAAAACUAAUGCCGAUACUCUUGUUUUUUUCCAAACGGUCUGGAGACAUGGUGAUCGUACACCUGCUGUUUCUUUGCCAUUUGAUAACAUCGAUGGAUGGAAGGAAGGCUUGGGUGAAAUGACAAAGAUUGGAUUGAUUCAACAGUACCAUCUCGGCAAAUGGAUGAGAAUGAGAUAUGCUGAAUGGCUUCCAGAGAAGUAUCAUCGCGACGAGGUCUACGUCAGAAGCUCUGAUUAUAACAGAACGAUCAUGUCAGCGUUAGCCAAUAUGGCAGGUUUCUAUCCUGCCGCUGACGAUGCUAUGAUUGAGCCCACUGUUCGUUGGCAGCCCAUUCCAAUUCAUUCAAAACCACAGAAUAUUGAUAAGGAGCUUAAUGAAGUCAUGUUGUGUCCUGUGGCAGAUCAGGCGACCAGAGACAUCUCUAAGAUGAAGGAAAUGAAAGAUCUUGAAGAGAAAUACAAAGAUCUUCUUCAUUAUCUACGUGAGCAUAUGAAUGGAACUGCCCUUCCAGUCGAAGACGUUUGGAAGGUCUAUGAUGUACUGACGUGUCAGCUUCAACAUAACGAUACUAAUCCUUGGCCUAACUGGGUUAAUCAAACCAUAUAUAACCAAGUAGUAGAGUUGUAUAACAAACAAUCACGUUAUACAUUCUCGACUGAUGUCCUGCGUCGACUUCGAGGAGGACCACUUUUGAAAGAAAUACUUGACAGAUUCGUGGAGAAGACUGAUGGUGUCUUCGGAAAGAAUAUGCGGUUGUAUGCCUAUUCAGCACAUGAUACUUCAAUAUAUGCAGUAUUAUCUGCCUUGAAUAUCUUCCCAGAAACAUUCCCCCUGUAUGCAACCGUUCUGCUAUUUGAAUUACACAAAGUAUCUGAUAAGUAUAUUCUAGAGAUUUAUCAUAAAAAUCAAACCGGAAUCGAUGAUGUUUACAAAUAUAGCAUUGAUGGUUGCGAGAAUGGUUGUUCACCUCAAGACUUUCAACGCAUAUAUCAGAGUGUGUUACCUCAAAACUGGGAAAUAGAAUGUGGGUUGGGAGAUCCAAAAAGGUCGGAAGCUAUGUACAUAGGAACAAUAUGUUUUCUGGCCUUCACAACAGUUCUAUUUGGUAGUGGUCUCAUCCUUGAUUACAUCCUCAAGAAGAGACGUAUGAUCGAUCGAGAUUUACGUGAAAGACUAAUGAAUGAGGAAGACUGA